UAAAAAAUACAGGGCAGUUUGAAGAGGCAACAAAUCAUCAUUAUGCAUCAACCGAUUCGCGUGGCUUCCAUCUUGCAUCUACCGGUAUCCACUCGCACGGUAUCCACCACACACCUACAUAAGAAGAAGCUGACCGAGGAGGAGAUACAAGAAUUACAUCAGGAAUUGGAGACCGUCGAUCACGUGAUAGGAUUGGAGAUUCUGUGCGAAAAACUGGGCACAAAUGUGGAAACGGGCCUGACGAAAGAGCAGGCGAGCAAAAUUUUGGAACGAGAUGGACCAAACGCCUUGUCACCACCCAAGAUCACGCCAGAAUACAUCAAAUUCUUUAAAUGCAUGUUCCAUGGAUUCGCGGCGUUACUCUGGAUCUGCGCGAUUUUAUGUUUCAUCUUGUACGCAGUCACUCAUUUCAUGCAGGAGGAUGACAUCGGUAUCGCAUGGCUAGGAAUAAUCAUCGUUAUGAUAUGCAUCACCUCGGGGGUGUUUGCGUACAUACAGGAGAGCAAGAAUAUUAAAGUGAUGGAGUCCUUCAAAAAGAUGGUGCCCACUUUCGCUACUGUGAUACGCGACGGUGUAAAACUGCGCCUGGGUACAGAAGAGCUGGUCUUGGGUGAUCUGGUAGAGAUACGCAUGGGCGACAAGAUACCAGCCGACAUCAGAAUAAUCGAGUGCCGUGGGCUCAGAGUAGAGAACUCGAGCAUAACUGGCGAGAGCGAACCAGUGGUUCGCACCGAUUAUCCGACCGACGCAAAUCCUCUCGAAUCCUCCAACGUGGCCUUUUCCAUGUCAUUCGCUGUCGCGGGUGACGGCAAAGGGAUCGUGAUCGCCACGGGUGACCAUACUAUGAUAGGCCGUCUAGCUGGUCUCACAUCGCAUCUUAUCAAAAUCGAAACGCCAAUCGCCAAGGAGAUUAGACAUUUCGUCGAGAUUAUCACUAUUGUGGCCGUUCUAUGCGGUCUGAUAUUCUUCGCUCUGUCACUGCUGAUCCAGCCAAGUCUCAUACGAGCGUUCACUUACCUACUCGGCAUAGUUAUCGCCAACGUACCCGAGGUACUGCUGGUGACCGUGACGACAGUUUUGACACUGACCGCUCAGAAAAUGGCGAGCAAGAACUGCUUGGUAAAGAACCUGGAGGCAGUCGAGACUCUAGGCUCGACAUCGACGAUCUGUUCCGACAAGACGGGCACGCUCACGCAAAACAAGAUGUCCGUAUCUAAUUUGUGGUUCGGCCACACCAGAUAUAACUUUCCACCGGGCGAGAGAAUCGGCGUCGAGAGGGAUUUGCUGUUAGAGAAGCCAGCUUUCGAUGGGAUGCUACGAGCUGCCACUCUCUGUUUGCGUGCCGAAUUCACCGCCGAGUCCUUCAUGCUAGCACCGAUCGAGGAGCGCGAGAUUAUCGGUGACGCAUCUGAGACUGGUAUCCUCAAAUUCUGCGAGCACAUUCAUCCUACGCAGAGAUAUCGCGAGGCACAUCCGAAAGUUGCCGAGAUCCCUUUUAGCUCCGUGACCAAGUUUCAAAUGUCGAUACACCAAGACAUCGACGGUUAUACCAUGAUAUUGAAAGGGGCACCAGAGGUGAUUAUGAAAAGUUGUGCAACAAUACUGACGGCGACCGGGGAAACGAAAGAGAUGACCGCCAACGAUUACGCAUUAUCUCACCGUGCCUGCACCGAUCUGGGUUUCCUUGGCGAGCGAGUUCUAGCGUACUGCGAUCUACAUCUGCCAACCAGUGUGUACGGGCCAAAUUACAAAUUCGACACCGAUUCGCCCGCGUCCUACAACUUUCCCGUCAAGGGAUACAGAUUCGUAGGGCUGAUAAGUCUGCAAGAUCCCCCGAGGCCUGGCGUGCCCGAGGCGGUACAAAAGUGUCGUACCGCUGGUAUAAAAGUGAUCAUGGUGACGGGUGAUCAUCCGGUGACGGCGACGGCAAUUGCUAAGAAGGUGGGUAUCAUAAGCGAAGGUCACGAAACUCAUUAUGAACGAGCGAUUCUGCAGGACAAGUCUUACACGCAACUGAUCGAUUCGAUCAUGGCGAUCGAUAUCGCCGCGAUCAUAAUUACCGGUGCCCAAUUGAGGAACAUGGAUGCGAACGAGUUGGACAACAUUAUACGCCGUUACGAGGAAAUCGUGUUCGCGAGGACGUCGCCGCAGCAAAAGCUGUUGAUUGUCGAGAGUUGCCAACGGCUGGGAGAGAUCGUCGCGGUCACCGGCGACGGUGUCAACGAUUCGCCGGCAUUGCGGAAAGCUGAUAUAGGAGUAGCGAUGGGGAUCGCGGGCUCCGACGUUGCCAAGAACGCUGCGGAUAUGAUACUCAUGGAUGAUAAUUUUGCAUCGAUCGUUACCGGCGUCGAGGAGGGUCGUCUGAUAUUCGACAAUUUGAAGAAAUCGAUUGCGUAUACGUUAACGUCAAGCGUGCCGGAGAUGUUGCCCAUGUUAAGCGGCCUAUUACUCGCGAUUCCUUUACCGUUGGUCAUUGAACUGGUCAUCUGUAUAGACGUCGGCACUGACGUCGUCCCUGCGAUUGCUCUGGCCUACGAGAAGGCCGAGUCCGAUAUAAUGCGCCGAGCACCGAGAAACCCUCAAUACGACAAGCUGGUGAACAAGCGUUUGAUAUCCAUCACCUACGGCCAGAUAGGAAUGACGCAGGCGUUCGCUGGAUUUUACACUUACUUCAUGGUGCUUAUGAUGAACGGCUUUAUGCCCAAUCGUUUGUUGGGUUUACGAAUAGAAUGGGAGAACCCAUCCAUAAAUGAUCUACAAGAUUCCUGGGGCCAAACGUGGACUUACAAAAACAGAAUGAAUCUCUUGAUGGAGGCGCAAAGCGGAUAUUUUCUUUCCAUUGUCAUAACGCAAAUGGUAGAUCUGAUCAUGUGUAAGACUAGGCGCAAUUCUAUCUUUCAACAAGGAAUGAGCAAUUGGUUUGUCAAUUUUUCUUUCGUUUUCGAAGCUAUUCUAACAGGACUCUUGCUCUAUGUCCCAGGCACGGAAUACGUACUGAAGACUAUGCCACUAAUAGCUUACUGGUACUGGCCUUCUUUGCCGCUCGGUGCAUUUCUUUGGAUCUACGACGAAUUGAGACGUUUAUGUAUUCGUCUCUUCCCACGUGGAAUUAUGGAAAGAGAAACGUAUUAUUGA